UACACCGUGUUACUGCUGCUCAGUUUGCUAAUGGUGCUGGCACUCUGUGUUGGCUCAUAUGCGUACAUGGAGCAGCUGGAUGAUUUGCUUGGUCCAUCCUUACUUACAGCUAUCAUUCGUGAUCAUUCACAGCGUGAAGACGUCUCUCUGGCGCUACAACAUUUGCAUCACCAGGGUCAUUGCUGUGGUGCACAGUCGUUCGAAGAUUGGCGUGAUUCAGUGUGGUGGCAGAAUGUGAACAGUGUCGCGGAACUCAAGCAGCGCUCAUUUGAUUUAGCAGUGCCCGAUUUUUGUUGUCGCACCGAAAGCUUAAACUGUGGCCAUCGAGAUCAUCCUUCCAAUAUUUAUUACAACGUAAUUAAACCACAAUUCUUUGUGUAUUUAUCAGCCACCUAA